UUUUUACAGCUGAUUAAUUUUUUAAUUACAUCUGGGGUUGUCUACUAACUUUAUAUCCUAAUGAAUCCCGAGUACGACUAUUUAUUUAAAUUACUUUUAAUAGGGGAUAGUGGAGUAGGUAAAUCAUGUUUGUUACUACGCUUUGCUGAUGACACAUAUACUGACAGCUAUAUAUCUACCAUUGGUGUUGAUUUUAAGAUUAGAACGAUUACUUUGGAAAACAAGACUGUAAAACUUCAAAUAUGGGAUACAGCUGGCCAAGAAAGAUUCCGUACAAUCACAUCUAGUUAUUACCGUGGAGCACAUGGUAUAAUUAUUGUAUAUGAUGUUACGGAUCGAGAUUCAUUUGAUAAUGUUAAACAGUGGAUCCAGGAAAUUGAUAGAUAUGCAAUGGAAAAUGUGAAUAAGCUCUUAGUAGGUAAUAAAUGUGAUCUUGUUAGUAAAAGAGUUGUUACCUCAGAUGAAGGAAAGGAGCUUGCUGAUUCGUAUGGUAUUAAGUUCAUAGAGACAUCUGCUAAAAAUGCUUAUAAUGUUGAACAAGCUUUUCACACAAUGGCCGGUGAGAUUAAGAAGAGGGUACAAUUGAAUAACCAGAAUACUAAAGGAGUUACGCAACAAGGUCCUAAACUAGCUGGCGCCCAACCAAUUAGACAAGGAGGCUGCUGUGCAUGAUCAUGAUACCUUUUUUUUUUAAGAGAACGGAAGGCGCCGGAUUGUAUAUACACAUUUUCAAAUAUUAAUUUAUUGUGUAUGAUAAGUCAUUUAGACUAUAGAGCAGAACUUCAGAAGUCUUUUCAUAUUAUGUUUCAAAAAUUACUACUACAGUAAAUUAGUGUGAAAUAAGUGGUAAUAUGACAUAGUAGGAUGUAGACAUGUUCACAAAUAAUGGAAAGUAUUAAAUUCAUUUACAUUAGUUAGAUAAUCUUUAGUAUUC